AGAUUAGACUAGCUAUCCAUGUACCCACUGCCAUGGACAACUUGACCCUGGCUGCCUGUGCUGCCUUCCUCACCGCUGCUGCUGUGUUGGGCUCGAUGGCUUGGCUCGGCCAUGUGGUACAGAAGAAGAGCUUGACGUCUCAUCAUGUGCCUCACAAGGUUUCAGAACACGCUGUUCUCUGGCUCCAAGCAGCUGAAUUGGGAGACACACAAACGCUCCGGCAAGAGGUGCAAAUGCGUCCAGAACUCCGGGAAGCGUGCAAUGCGAAGGGUGAGACUGCCUUGAUUCUGGCAGCCCGCUUGGGACACUUGUCUGCCUGCAAGCUAUUGGUUUCCUUGCGCGCAGAUGUCGAGGCCACAGACAGCAGCGGCGGCACUCCUUUGACUCACGCAGCGCAUGGGAAGCAUAAAGAAGUUUGCCAGCUGCUAUUGGAUCAUGGCGCCGACAUUGAGGCCAUUGACUGUGGUGUGAGAAGCACUGGUUGUUUCGUACAAUGAGAGGAAAAGGAAUGCGCGCCGAAGCCGGACAUUUGCCGAUUCAGAAACCAACCGAACAGGAAACUACGAUUCAGAAACCAAAAUAGCCGAUUCAGAAACUACAAUUUUAAAGAAAAUGGACGAUUCAGCAACCACGAUUCAGAAACCAA